GCCCAGAACCGCAGCCCUUCCUGCCUCGCGAGGGCCUGCACCCUGUGGAGCUGUCCUGGCCUGGAGCAGGCAGCAGCCUCCCGCAGCCAGGCCCUGCAGCAGAGACUCCUGCAGCUGGAGCGCCUAGAAACCCUGGCCCAGCGCUUCCAGCACCAGGCAGCCCUCCUCCGGGAAAGCUUCCUGACAGACACAGAGCGGGCUGGACCAGGCUGCAGCCCCGCUCGCCAGCCCGGCCACAGUGGAGGCGGCUGCCCGGAGGCUGGGCAUGCUCGAGGCCCAGGAAGGGCACUUCCAGGCAUUGGCCGAGCCCACAGACCUCCUCCCACAGGAGCAGUACCACCGCUGGGCAGAUGUGGCCUGCAGGAGCGAGCUCAGCGAUUGGGAGAGCUGCCCCCUCCUGGGGACACGAAAGGUCAGUUGAGGCACCUGCGGGAACACCAGGCCUUCCAGGCUGAGGUCCAGGCCCACGAGGAGGUCAUAAUGUCAGUCGCCGAGAACCUGCAGGACAUACAGAACUUCCUGGAGUUCCUGCAGAGAGAGGACCAUUGUGAGGCCUGGAUGCAGGGCCUGGGGGUGAUGGUGAGCCUCGGUGACCUGGGACAGAACCAUGAGCACUGCCUGCCGCUCCUCAAACAGCUCCGGGAGCUCCAAGGAGUCUGGGCCGGGGGCGCAGAGGAUGACACCACAGGAGCAGCAAGGACUUGUCGCUGCCUCUCAAGAACCGGGACCCCCAGCAAGUCAAGGCCAUCUGCCAGCGGCAACACCAGCUCAACAGCAGGCCAGCCCCAGGGUGGGAAGCAGUGGGCAGGAGAGGGGGCUGGAGGGCCAGCUCAGACUCAGCCUCACAUCCUCUCUGCCAGGUGGCACAGUUUCCAUGGCAACCUGCUCCGGCACCAGCGGCAGCUUGAAGAUGCCCUGGAGACACACACGUUGUCCUGCCGCCCUGGUCCAGGCCCUGGACUGCGUGCAGAGGCUGCUGUGGAAACGUGAGAAGUUGGCACAGGAAAUGGGCCCCAUUCAGGCCCGGCUGGCGGUGUGUGGCUGGGCGUGGAGGUGGGGCCCUGGGAAGGCAGGCGGAGGACCAGGGGCUUCGGGACCUCGAGAGCCGGCAGGGUCCACUCAGCUGUUACUCCUCCGGGCCCCUGGAGCCGGCACUCCCCUGAGUAAAGCCUGCUUCCCCCACGGCCCCUGGAGAGGGAGGAGGGCCGCCUCUGCCAGAGAAGUCCCCUGGCGGCCACAGCCUCAGCCGCAGCAGCAGGAGAUGGUGGACCGCUGGCGGCAGCUCCGGAGCAGGGCCCAGAAGUGGUGCGAACCCCAGUGCCCUUGCUGACCAUCCCUCGGUCCCCAUACUUCUUUGGCCCCAGUUCUCAUCCUUCAAAUACCUGUCCGUGUUGUCACCCCAUUGAUCCCCAGCCCCUGGGGGCCCGUCUUUGGCUGAGGGGAUUCUGGGACAGAAGGCACUGGCAGGCAGAGGGGGGAAGAGGGGCUCAGAGGACAAGCUGAUGAACCCUGUGGGCAGGCGGGAGUCACUGGAUGCCUCGCACCAAGCUCAGAACCUGCAGGCAGUGCUGCGGGAAUUGCCGGUCUGGGCCCGGGGCUGCGGGCGGAGAUGGAUGCCUGAAGUGCCCCCCGCAGCCCCACAGAGGCCCAGCACCUGCUGGAGGAGCUCCAGGAGCUAAAGGCUGAGCUGGACUCCCGAGCAGACAGCAUACGCCUGGCCCGGAGCACAGGCAGUGCCUGCUGGCAGUUGGGCACCUGUGCACC